UCAGUGCAAAAGAGUGGUGUGUUCCUUGUGGUGUGCAUGUCCAAUAGCUGCAGGACAGAAGCACACUGCACUUCUCACAUAGGUGACAAGUGAUAGCAAGGUGGGGAGGGCUUCUGGAUACCACUGGAUGGGAUGUGAGCUGCUGCCACAAAUGUACCGACACUUACUGCUCUUCUGAGCUGGUUAAUCUGAGACUGGUGGCUGCAUUGGCCAGUGAGGGAGCUCACAGUACUCAGCGGGUGGUGAGAGUGAGCGUUAAAGAGCGGUGCAGUUCCUGGUGCUCAAACAAAAAGAUGUUCUGCAGUUUGAUUGAUGUGGUAUCCAGGCUGGCCCACAACUUCCUCUUGCUGGGCCUGCAGCCGUGGAGACGGCCAGUCGCUCCUGGGGCUCUGCUGGGACAGGAGGCAGAACAGAAAGGCACUUGGUCAGAAGGGUUUUGGCUCAGUGUGAGGCUGGUCAGAGCUCUCCUUGCCCCCACACUGGUCCUUUUACCUCUACGGUUACAGGAGCUUGCUUGACUCACUGGUGAUGAACUCCCACGGAUUAGCUCUGGCACCUGCAGCCAAGAAUGUGGUGGUGUAUCGCAACGGGGACCCCUUCUUCCGCGGAAGAAAGGUUGUGCUCAACCAGCGGCAGUUCCUGACCUUUGAGGCAUUUCUGAAUGAGGUGACCAAGAGCAUCGGUGCACCCUUGGCUGUGAGGAAUCUCUACACGCCCAGGCAGGGCCACCGUAUCACUGAGCUGGGGGACCUGCAGGAUGGGUGCCAGUACGUGGCUGCAGGCUUUGAAAGGUUCAAAAGGCUCAACUAUUUAAAUCGUGGAAUGAAGCAACUCAAUGAGACAAGGAACAGCAGUAACAUGCAGCCCAGCACUGUAGCACCCUGGAAGCAGAACGUCUCAGCUCAAUGGCAGAAGCACACCCACCUGUCCCGCAUGAUAAAUGUUUUCCGGAACGGGGAUUUGCUGAGCCCUCCUUUCCGACUGCUGCUCUCCAAGAGCGCCUUGCUGGAGUGGGACAUGAUCCUGACCAUGCUAACAGAGAAAGCCAAUCUGCGCAGUGGAGCUGUUCACAAGCUCUGCAGGCUGGAUGGAACGCAGGUGUCCAGUGGGGAGGAGCUGGCAAACGGUGGUUACUAUGUGGCAGUGGGACCUGAGAAAUACAAAAACCUGCCCUACUUUGAGCUGUUGGUGCCCCAGCCUUCUGUGAACCGGACACUAUGGAACCACCCAAAUAACAGGCGCAAAAACUACAGCAAAAGGUUUGGCAAACUCUACACCACCUCCCAGGACAGAGCUAGUGACUCUGCUCUUGCUUUCUCAUCUCAACAGGUGGACAGUCGCAGGGUGCAGACCACAGAAGCCACAGAGAAAGACAAAAUCCCUGUUACUUCUCCACCGCUGCACAAACAAGACAAGAAAUCUCACCUCCAAGAGGAACAGUCUGUUUUCCAUGCUAAACCUGUCCGUGCAGGAGAAAACAGGAGGAGUAAUGCAAAUGUGCAGCACUGGCCUGAUCAAGAAGGAAGUGUUUAUAAAGCCAAAGAUCCCAGGAAGGAGAUGCAAGGUGCAGAGGCAGUAAAAGAGGAUGAACACACAAAGGUGGAGGUGCCCAUUGAUCAGAGAGUUGCAGAGACUGUGGAAGAGGAAUUUAUACAAAAAGCCAAAAUGAGAAACCACAACAAGGUGUGGAGCACAGACAAAUCACAAAAGAUGGCAAUGCAAAGGUAUGCCAGUGUCUCCGAGGAUGAAAAGCACUGAAUGAUGUCUUUCCUUGGCAGCAAGGAACUCUGAAGACUUCACCAAGGGACUGUGAUGGGAGAGAGUCAGCUAGGUAGACUGCUAUCAGGAUAGCUGCAGAGAACAAAAGCACGUGAUCCUCAGAUUUAUAACACCAAAGACUGGCCGAGGUUUCUGAUGAAUUAACAAACUCUUCUAAGAUUAAACACCCUAAUUAUCUGGGCUUGAGAGGGAAACUACCUGUGAACUAGGAAUCAGAUGCACAAUUUUGUUAAAUAAUGUAAGUAGUCUUCCUCUCCUCGUAUCUACAGUACGAUGACUUGGCAGAAGAGAUAGCUAUUUUUCUGAAUUCCAGUUAAGAAAAUGGCUUGUAUCUGAAUUUAGAGGAGGAAGAUUUACCAAACAGAAUUUACUCCUUUAUAAUAAAACAUCUGCCAGAAAAA